AUGCGAAUCCUAUGUCUCCACGGCUACGGCACGUCCGGCGCCAUCUUGCGCAGCCAACUCGACGCCAUCAUCAGCCAGGCCGAUCCGAGCUACGAGUUCGUCUUCCUCGACGGCGAGUAUGAAUGUCCGCCGGCACGGGGCCUCCGUGGCUCAAUCAGCAGCCCGACCCUGUGCUUCAACAAGGCCUUUGGGCCGGACGAGAUCGAAUCCUCGUUGGAGCAUUUGGACGACUUCAUCGAGACCGAUGGCCCGUUUGACGGCAUCUUAGGCUUCAGUCAGGGCGGCUCGCUCGCCUUGUCGUAUCUGCUGCGAGACGCGGGGACAACAACCGGCGAAUUGAAGUCGAGUUCGUCCUCAUCAUCCUCACCAUCCUAUCCAUCCUCAAUGCCAGCGUCUUCUUCACUAGCGCCGAGCUCGACACCGUCGUCGUCGUCAUCCUCGCCAUUCAAGUUCGCCAUUUUCCUAUCCACCAUUGUUGCGUUCUCGCCUCAGCAAGGUUUCGCCGCGGACCUACUCACGCGCUUGACGACAAACGACCGGUUCAUCUUGCAAGGCUUUCCUCAUCAUAGCGAGACACGAGACUACAGCUCGAUGUCAGGACCUCCGGAGCGAGCGCUGUUCUUUGAAUCCCUCGGUUUGGUCCUUGACAAGUCGCUCUCCGGCGGGUUCAUUGCUCCCGACACAGAUUUGGGAUUGGAUUCGACGUCGUUGUCGGCCCAGCAGUCAGAGUCAGGGAUCGAGGCAGAGUCAACGCCAGCACCAGCAUCCGAGCAGGCGUCGACCUUCUCAGAGACCAACUCACAUGCAGUGUCAUACGUCCCACGCGUCCCACGCCUCAUCCACCCGGCCAUCCUGGCCCCUUCACACCGGGUCCGCAUUCCAACCGUCCACAUCGUCGGCCAUCGGGACGAGCCGGCCUUGAUCGCGCUCUCGCGCCUGAUGGAGCAAGUGUGUGACCCGAGUCUGGUGCGUCACCUCGUCCACGAUGGCGCCCACGACGUGCCGCGCUCUUUGAAAGACGUCCGGGCCUUCUGGACCGCCGUUGAGUGGGCGGUCGGGCUGGGUCAGCGCGUGGUUUGA